AUGGCAAGCCCUUCCGAUACGAUUGUUAUCAUCGACGAGGAGGUGACUCAGAGCUUUGAGCCAGGUGGUUCACGCCCUCGAAGGGGCCCUCGCCGUGAUUACAGCUACCAGGGCUUUGACAGCAUGAUCGUUGAAACAAAUACUGAUGAGGCGGAUACGACACCCUCACGCAAACGCAAAAGAACCAAAACAAAGGAGCUAUCAUUGGAUAUUAAUUUCAAAGAGCUCCGAAAGGCAGUUGAUCAUCGAAUUAAAGAGUUACAAGAGAAGAACCGAAUGUUUCUAGAUGAACUUCACCUCGAGAGGGAGGCGCACAAAGAGUUACAAGAGAAGAACCGAAUGCUUCUAGAUGAACUUCACCUCGAGAGGGAGGCGCACAACGAGACCCAAGUGAAGAACCGAAUGCUUCUAGAUGAACUUCACCUCGAGAGGGAUGAACUUCACCUCGAGAGGGAGGCGCACAAACAGACCCAAAUCACUGGGCGACUAUUUUUUGUGGGCACAUGGUUUGCGAGUCAUGCGCAGCACAACUUGGAAUGCCGCAAAUUUGUCCAUUAUGUCGAAAAUCAUCCACAGGAUAUGUCAAAUGCUUUCCUUUUGCAGGAUAAGACAUGUAUGCGAGGCCAGACAGAGGUUGCCGACACUACGUAUGUGCUUAGUUCUUUCAAUCCGAUAUUCUCUUCUCUGGGUUUAGGCAUUGUCUCGGGCAUUAUGAAGCACAACUUGUUCUAUCGUGAAAAGACCCCCAUCGAGCGGUACAGAAUGGCGACCACGAGGUAA